GGUGCAGAAGAGGACCCGCGCGAGGCGAUUCUUACGGCAGAGGAGGAGGCAAUGGCCGUGGGGAUCCGGGGGCUGCGCCUCUGGCGGGCCGCCCCCAGUGGCGGGGCUGGCUGGAGGUCGAUCGCAACAUCGCCAGCUUCUCGCCUCUCACCGACCGAACUGAUAGAAAUGCAGAAUGAUCUCUUCAAUAAAGAGAAGAACAGGCAGUUGUCAUUAACUCCUCGCACCGAGAAGAUCGAAGUUAAACACGUUGGGAAAACCGACCCUGGCACAGUUUUUGUGAUGAAUAAAAACAUUUCUACUCCUUACAAUUGUGCUAUGCAUUUAAGUGAGUGGUACUGCAGGAAGUCCAUUCUGGCUCUUGUGGACGGACAGCCUUGGGACAUGUAUAAACCUUUGACCAAAUCCUGUGAAAUUGAAUUUCUUACUUUCAAAGAUCGUGAUCCAGGAGAAGUGAAUAAGGCUUAUUGGCGUUCUUGUGCCAUGAUGAUGGGCUGUGUGAUAGAGAGGGCAUUCAAAGAUGAAUAUGUGGUCAGUUUGGUCAGAGCUCCAGAAGUUCCUGUAAUCUGUGGAGCCUUCUGCUAUGAUGUAGUUCUGGAUAAGAGACUUGAUGAGUGGAUGCCAACAAAAGAGAACCUACGUUCCUUCACGAAAGAUGCUCACGCUUUAAUUUAUAAAGAUCUUCCAUUUGAAGUUCUGGAAGUGGAAGCAAAAGUGGCAUUAGAAAUAUUUCAGCACAACAAGUACAAAAUGGAUUUCAUAGAAGAGAAGGCAUCUCAGAACCCUGAAAGAAUAGUUAAGCUACACAGGUUUGGUGACUUCAUUGAUGUGAGUGAGGGUCCUCUUAUCCCAAGAACAAGUAUUUGUUUCCAGUAUGAAGUGUCGGCAGUUCAUAAUCUUCAAGCCACCCCAUUGAGUCUUGUACGAAGAUUCCAGGGUUUGUCUUUACCCGUACACUUAAGAGCACAUUUUACGAUAUGGAAUAAGCUGUUGGAAAGAUCUCGGAAAAUGGUAACUGAAGAUCAAACUAAACCUACAGAGGAAAGUGCAUCGACCUAAUAACUUCUUAAAAUUUAAAUAUGUAUAAUAAAAUAAAGUUUUAUAUGAAA